AUGUAAAAGGUAGAUCUGUCACCAGAUCCUAAGGAGUUGGCAGCCGUUGAGGCUGGAAGAAAUCGAGAAAAGGAGCUACAGAGCCCAUUCUUUGAUGUACGGACCCGAGUCAUGGGGGUGGGUGUUGAAGCCCUGAACAGCCAAGUGGAAGAGCGAAAGCUUCGGGAGGCAACAGAGUGGAGCAAGGAGGCAGGUUAUGGUACCAACCAGGCACAGUAUGAUCUGGUAGCCCAGAUGCUAGAAAAGGAACAGGCAGAAUGGACAUGUCGACUGGCCAAAAAACUCCAGGAGUUUUGAGAGCAGAAGCAGCAGCUGAAGAACGGGCAUGAAUUUGACCUUUGGGAUUCAAACAGACUCUGAAAGGAGUUCCCAGCCCGUUUUGGUAACAACAAUCCCCAGUGUGGCCUGGCCAGCCUGCAGUGCUUCUCUGGGGAGGACCUGGACAGAGCCACAUGCCUGAGGAUGCAGCAGGAGCAGUUUAGGUACAUCCUGGAGAAGCAGCUGCAGGAACAACACCAAGCCAGAGUUGAUGAGAAAUGUGCAGAUGUGCUCCGUGACCAGCUGCACCUAGCCAUGGACAUGCGGGCCACCCAGUUGGCCAAGCUGGAGGAGUCCUGUUGCAUGGCCAUGAUGUCUGCCAUGGCCAAAGCCAACAAAUCCCGGGCAGCUGAACUGGCUAAGUGGCAGCAUCAAGAGCAUCUGAGUGAACAGGAGACCAACCACAUGGAGAUCCAGAACUGGAUCAUGGGCAACCUCCUAACUGAGAUCCCCCAGGUAACUCAACAUCCUGCAGCUCCCCACCAGGUCUUGCCCUGUUACUGGAAGGGCAUGAGUCCAGAGCAGCGAGCCGCCAUCAGUAAAGUCCAGGAGGUACAAUGCCAGGAAAAGGAAGCACAGCGCCAGGCCACAACACUGGAUACCAAAUGGAAAAACCAGGCCAUAAACUUGGCCCAGGCAAUAAAGGAACUGGAGGAGCAGGAGAGGGGGCUGGGCUCCUUCAACCAGCAGCUGGCUCAGGAGCAAAAAACCCAGCAGAAUUACCUGAAUUCGUUAAUCUACACCAACCAACCUAUAGCCCAGUAUUACCUCCAGUUCUACAUCCUGAGCUCAGGAUGGUAAUUGCUCCCUUCCCUACCAACAAGCUCACAGAGGCUGUAAGUCAAAGAGGAUAAUGCUACAUACCCUCGGGAGGAGCUGAGCCAAUACCCCCACCUUCGACCCUCGGUAAUAAAAUUAUUCACUAAAAUCAAGGCCACCUGUUGUAAUAGGACACAAAGGGUGUGAGGUGCUGC